GAUGUGUCGAUGAGAAGAGGAAACAGGAAGUGAUUUCACACGGACAGACGGAGCUCACACUGAUCCUAUUAACACACACACACACACACACACACACACACACACACACACACACAAACAGGUCAUUUUGCAUGUUUUUAGUUUUAACUUUAUUAGUAAACUACAGUUUAAUCAGACGUGUAAACAAAGUUAAGUUAGCAUGCUAACACUAGCUUUGUCAGCUAACAUAAACACAUAAUUAUCAUUAGUGUUUAAUUUACUGAUUAAACACAGUGAACAGCUACGUUAGCAUGAGGCUAACAUAAUGCUAAGGUAGAUUUCAUGAACACCAAUCAGAGUUCAGCUCUGAUGAUGUCACGGUCCUGAUGGAGCUGAUGUGUUUUAUAAUAUCUGAUCAUCAUGGGCGGAUCAUGAGACAGUGGCCCCCCAGGGUUAGAUAUUUAAAGUCCCCCGUCCCCCCCCCCACACACACACACACAGACACAGACACACACAGACACACACACACACACACACAGAAUCAGUGGUUUGACAUCUCUGUGAUCUUGUCUUCUUGUAGUUGUUUGUGUCCCUGUGAGGUCUUUUUGUAUCUCUUGUCUCUGACAUGUGACAUUUUGCAUGUGAGAGCCCUGGGGCCCCUGACACUUGGGGCCCCUGACACUUGGGGCCACUGACACUUGGGGCCACUGGACACUUGGGGCCACUGACACUUGGGGCCACUGGACACUUGGGGCCACUGACACUUGGGGCCACUGGACACUUGGGGCCCCUGGCUCUGACUUCAUUAAUCUGUCCAUGAUUAUUUUUUCUAACUUUAGUUCUGAUAAACAAAGACAGACAGGAAGGAGGUAUGUCACCCUGAGUACAGCCUAUCAGGCUCUGUAACUCCGCCCCCUAAAGUCUGAUUGGACGACUCCGAGUCCCAGCAACAUUAGCAAAAGCAUGUGAUUGGUGGAGCUGGAUGGAGGCGGCCCACAGCCUGUCAGACUCGGCUCAGGGUGAUGAAUCGUUAGACUCUGAGGAGGGAUGAGGAGGAUUAGAGCAGAUUACAGUUUGUAACAGCAGAGAAGAAGAAGAAGGAGAAGAAGAGGAGGAAGAGGAGGAGGAGAGAACUGGGACCGGGUCAGACACAGAGAAUAACCUGGUACAUACAGCACUAAACUGGACCGACCUGGACUAAAGUGGACUCAGUGGACUGAGCUGGGAGCUGACGGAGGGCUGUUGAGGUAGACUGAGCCAGGCUGAACUGGUCCUGCUGGUCCUUACUGGUCAAAUCUGGUCUGGUAAGGGGAACAGGAAGUGGUCUUGAUGGACGGUUUCCAGGCUUACGGGGCGGGGAAGGCAGGCGGAGCUUUUGACCCCCUGACCUUCAUCAGACAGCCUCAGACCAUCGUGAGGAUCAUCUGUUGGCUCUUCUCCAUCGUGAUCCUCGGCUGCGUUGCUAACGAAGGUUACGUUAACCGUCCAGAGGAGGUGGAGGAGUUCUGCAUCUUCAACCGCAACCAGUAUGCCUGCAACUACGCUGUCACCAUGGGAACGCUGUGCUUCAUCUGCAGCUCUGCUUUCCUGGCGCUGGAUGUUUACUUUCCUCAAAUCAGCGGCGUGAAGGACAGGAAGAAGGCCGUUAUGGCUGACAUCGCAGUGUCAGCUCUCUGGUCUCUGGUGUGGUUCGUGGGGUUCUGUUUUCUGGCCAAUCAGUGGCAGGUUUCUAAAGAAGAAGACAACCCUCUGAAUGAAGGCGCUGAUGCCGCCAGAGCAACCAUUGUCUUCUCCUUUUUUUCUGUCUUCACCUGGGCUGUCCAGUGUCUGCUGGCCAUCCACAGGUUUAAACUGGGAGCUGAUUCAGUCACGUUCAAUCAAGACUACAUUGAUCCCAACCAACAGGAAGCUCUGACUGAGGCCCUGUCCACUGAGGAGUAAAGGGGCGGGGCUUAGAGCUGAUUGACACAGUGCUUAUAUUCUGUCAUUGCGAUGCGUUCAGGGACUCGUCCCUGACUGAGACUUCAGUGUCAUGGUGACACACGUGACAUGAUGUUUAAAAAAAAAUUCAUAGUCUGAUGAAAACACUUCACCAGGGGGCGUGUCCUCUCUGUUUUCAGCCAAUCACAGCCCAGAAGUAAAAAGUGAGUAUUCUAGUCAAAGUUUUAUGUUUAACUCACGCUAAUAUUAGCGUGUUAGCAAUAAAGGUUGAAAAAAAUAGUUAGCUAGCAUUAGCUUGUUAGCAAUGUGAUGCUACUGAACAUACUAUCUGUAACUGUGUCUGUUGCUAACUUUAGUCACCAUGCUAAUGCUAGCUUCUAGCCAACACAAUAAAACAGAGCCAACUAAUAUUAGUAAGUUCUAAUGCUAAGCUAAGCUAAGCUAAAGCUAGCAUUAUCAGUAAUUAUUAUUUAUUUGAUGAUGUUUUUAUUUAUUGAUGAAUCAAAUGACAAAAAUUUACAAAAUAAAUUGAAAAUAAAUUUUAAAUAAAAUUUAAGCCAAACAGCCAAUCAGUUUCCUACAGUGAAGCGCCUUCACAAUAAAAGCCUGAAAAUACAAACUGAACCUGGAAUGGUUUAGUAACAGUUUUUAUCACAGCAGAGAUCGUCUUUCUGUUUUGAGCUGUAGUCAUAAAAUAUAUAUUUGGAAAUGUGUUGCAGCACCUUCCAUAGAAAAUAAGAGGAUAAGGUCGACGUCACGCCGUGGUCAAUCUUGUGAUGAUCACGCUGUGUUACAUGUGAGAGUCCAUCAGGAUCGUUUACACUGUAACUAUCUUGUGUGUUGGGCUGAGUGCAGACAGACACACACAGAGUCACAUGAUGGCAUCCCAGUCCCACGCAGCGUGACGUGCCUUCACAUCCUCCAUCAGUGGAUCUAGGUUAUAUUCUGAAAUCACAUGUUAAAUUUAAGUUUUCCAAAACUUAAAAAGUGUGCACAGUAUGUUUGUGACAUUUCAUCCUACAGUGCCAGGUGCUAAUGCUAACAGCUGAUGCUAACAGCUGAUGCUAACAGCUAAUUUUUAUAAACCGUUCAGUUGUGUGACCUCAUUUGAUAAACUGGAUUCUGAUUGGCUGGAGCGUCUGUAUCAUAUCAUAUUCUGACAGUUGGAACAGACGCAGCGCCUCCUGGUGGUCAGACGAGUAAACAAAUCUUUAUUUACAGUUUGAUGAAUGUUUGAAGGGAAAAACAAACGGUGCUGUGAACUAUGCUGGAACAUGAGACACUGUGCACGUGACGCGGUGCUGCAGUAGAUUUUAGUUUGUAGAAGCUUCGGUCUGUUUGUUUCAUGUGUUUGUUUGUUUGUUUGUUCUGAUAAUAAAGUUAAAGAUUGAUUGUUUCAUGAAACA